UUGCUUUCAUUUUUCAUUUGCAUCAUUCUCCACAACAAUCACAUUUUGCUUUACUUUGCACACCAUAAUCAUUGACAUUUUAUUAUGAUUCAUUGGAUUGAGACAGGUUUGAAUUUAGGUUGGAGAACGAAAAAGGAAGGGUAGGGGUUGAUACCAAAUAUAAAGUGUGGUUAAGGUUCUAAGCAAUUGAAGAUGGGGCAUUCAAAGAAAGAAGAAGAAAGAGUUGAAAGAAUUAUUCGGGGUCUUUUAAAACUUCCAGAAAAUCGAAGAUGCAUCAACUGUAAUACCUUGGGACCACAAUAUGUCUGUACAACUUUCUCAACAUUCGUCUGCACAAAUUGCAGUGGAAUACAUAGAGAGUUCACACAUAGGGUAAAAUCUGUGUCAAUGGCCAAAUUUACUCCAGAAGAAGUCACUGCUAUUCAAGCUGGUGGCAAUGAGAGAGCAAAGCAGAUUUAUUUCAAAGGAUGGGAUCCUCUGUGUCAUUCUUACCCCGAUUCUGGUAAUAUGCACAGACUUAGAGAUUUUAUCAAGCAUGUCUAUGUGGAUAGAAAAUAUACCGGUGAAAGGAGUCAAGAAAAUCUUCCAAAGAUUAGAUUGAAGGACAAGGAGGAGUCCCAUGAGAGUAAGAAGAGUAGUUCAUUUCAUUUAGAGUUCAUAAGUCCACGUUCAAGUUCCAGUGCAAGAAGCAGUGACUCGAGUUUCAGAUAUGUAUAUGAUGAAAGCAGAAGUCCUAAAUAUGUACAAAAAUUCUCAAGGCAUGGAGGUUUCAGCAGAAGUCCUAUAAAAUUUGAGGUUGUCGAUGACAGGUUUCGAGACGACGAAUAUAGAAACCGCAGGCAUUCGAAUCUUGAAUCAAAGCUAAGACAACUUUCAUUUGAUGGACAGAAGAAUGCAAACAGAUUCCAAGCUCCGGCUCAACGCUCUUUGGGUGAAAUAAUGAUGGAAAAUGAUUUAUCUCCACAAGUUAAACCUUCUGGUGGAGAAGCUUCUGUUCAGGAAAAUCCACGUGAACAAAAAAGUAAUAAACCAAAAAGUUCCACUGAUGUGAGUAUUAAGCCUAAGGUUUCUGAUACUGUCAAUGAAGCUGGACAAGAAAAACCAAGUAUGAAACAAGAAAGUGAAAAUAACUGGGCCUCAUUUGAAGCUUCUACAGAGGAAACUGUUCCUAAAACACCAAACACCAACACAAAAAAACCUGGUUCAACAGAACCAACACCUGAACCAAAAAUUUCAACUCCUUUAGACCUUUUACUUCUUGAAUUGUCUGGUCCUUUUGCUCCAAUCACUAGUGGUGACAUUGUUCCAACAACUACAACUGUAGAAAAGGGUUCUACAUGGGAUUUUUCAGCUACUUCAAUGGAGGAGACAACUGCAUCAUCUUCUGAGCUGGCACAACCAUCUAAUGAAGCUCCUUUAACACAAUCUGAGCUGCAUGAAGCAGAAGAUUCCAUUGAAGUUUCACAAGAGCAUAAACCACAGCCAGAAGAUUCUAUUGAAGUUUCACAUGCACAAAUACCAUCAAGCAUGAAAUAUGCUCCUUCUGUUUCAGUUGGUUGUAGUUCAACAACACAGCCAACAAAUUCACCAAACAAAGAUGUAGCUUCAAAUAAUGAGCCAUCAUUUUCUCCAAAUACACAUGAAUCAUCUCAUGCUUUUGAUGAACAAUCUUCACAAACCACCUCAAUUCCUACUCAAGACGCCAAACCUGUUACCUCCCAGCCUAGUACAGUUGAAACCAAGUCUAGUGGAAGAAGGGAACUGCCAGAGGACCUUUUUACUGCAAGCUACUUAUCUGGACCAGCACCACAUGCAGGUUGGCAGAAUGUUCAACAUCAUGUCAUGGGAUAUGGCAUGCAGUAUUAUCCAAAUGCAGUGCCUCCCUCAGCAUUUCCUAUUGCACCAAAAUCUAUGAACCCUUUUGAAGUGAAUGAAGGGAGAGGUCUAACACAUGCAUCAUCAUUUCCUUCUAUGGCAUCAAUGCAUGGUGUGCUGCCAGCUGUACAAAACAGAACAGGAGUAAUGCAUGUUUCAAGUCUUGGAUCUUUAGAGAGAAUGGUGCCUCAGUCCACAAGUCAUGCAUCCCAAGUUACUGGUAUGUGCUUUGAUCAAGUUAAUAACGAUGAGCAACAUUUUAGGUCACAAAGAGUUGACACCUUCAAUGGUAACAUAGGUAGUUUUGAAUCUCUAGACACCAUUCAACAAUCAUAUGGGGGAUAUGGGACACAUGGAACACCAAAUUCUUUUUCCAAUUCAAGAGGAAAUCCAUUUGAUUAGCUUAUACAAUUUGGCAUAUGCCAUAUUAAUCUUCUUUCUUAUGUCAACCUAGGAAAUUUGGAUGAUCACUCUGAUCCAGGCUCAAGUUGAGUUAGUUCCAUGUCUAAUGUAAAUGUGAAGCACAUGGCAUGGCAUGGACAUAUAUUUUUAGUACAUAUGCAUGCAGAAAGUGUUACAAUGAAAUGUUAAACCAUAGAAAUGUAAGCCUAGUUAGCCGUUCAUGUACAUUUAUUGUAAUUUUGUAUAAAUUGUUUUAAUUUUUGUUACAUAGUAAUGCAAUCAAAAUCUAUAACAA